GCUUUCAGCUAACAGCUGAGUAGUGUUGUGAGUGUUCUGCGGUUUUAUUAAUUUAACAUUGUCAUGCUAACUUGACUUGGAAAGAGUUUGUGCUUUUAGGGAAACUUAUUCCCUGACAUUUAACUUUUCAUCAUUCAGGUUGACUGAUGUUGACCUCCAAUCAAAGAUUGGAGACUGUGUGUGUGUGGGCAUGCCUUUGUGUGUCGCUACCAAAGAGCACUGAGUAAACAAAAGUCAGCAAGCGUUCUGUUUCUCAGGUUCAGUGUUAAAAUGGUCCAUGCUGCCUAUGCUGUGUUGAGCCUUGCACCCUUGUUGGUGCUUGGUGUUCCUCCCAUCGGGACUCAGCCGGAGCAGGUGCACCUUUCUUAUCCAGGAGCGCCAGGUUCCAUGGUAGUGACCUGGACCACCUUCAAUAAGACGGAGAGCAAGGUGGAGUACGGCCUUCUGGGGGGUCGGCUCUUUGAGAUGACAGUCGGAGGCAACAGCACUCUGUUUGUUGACUCAGGAGAGGAGAAGAGAAAGAUGUACAUCCACAGAGUCACUCUCACUGGCCUCAAACCUGCUGCCGUCUAUGUGUACCACUGUGGCAGUGACGAGGGCUGGAGUGAUGUGUUCUUCUUCAUCGCCCUGAACGACAGCACUAGUUUCAGUCCCAGGUUUGCUCUGUACGGUGACAUGGGCAACGAGAACCCUCAGUCUCUGGCUCGACUUCAAAAGGAAACGCAGCUUGGCAUGUAUGAUGUCAUCCUGCACAUAGGGGACUUUGCCUAUGAUAUGCAUGAGGAUAACGCCAGGAUCGGGGACGAGUUCAUGAGGCAGAUCCAGUCCAUAGCCGCCUACGUGCCUUACAUGACCUGCCCAGGCAACCAUGAAGCUUCAUACAACUUCUCCAACUACAGGAAUCGCUUCAGUAUGCCCGGCCAGACUGAGGGCUUAUGGUACAGCUGGAACCUGGGGGCAGCACACAUAAUCUCCUUCUCCACUGAGGUUUAUUUCUAUCUUGAGUUUGGCUUGGAGCUCCUCUUCAAGCAGUACGAGUGGCUGAAGAAAGACCUGGAGGACGCCAACAAGCCAGAAAACAGAGCUGCACGUCCAUGGAUCAUCACAAUGGGACACCGGCCGAUGUACUGCUCCGAUGAUGACCAGGAUGACUGCACCAAGUUUGAUUCCUAUGUCAGACUGGGUCGGAAUGACACCAAACCGCCAGCUCCUGGGCUCGAGGAUCUAUUUUACCGCUACGGAGUGGAUCUGGAGCUGUGGGCACAUGAACACACGUAUGAGAGGCUGUGGCCUGUCUAUGGUGACAAGGUGUACAACGGCAGCAAAGAGCAGCCGUAUCGGAACCCAAAAGCUCCAGUUCACAUCAUCACAGGCUCUGCUGGCUGCAGAGAGAGGACUGACAGGUUCAAUCCAAACCCUAAAGACUGGAGCGCCUUCCGCAGCACGGACUACGGCUACACCCGCAUGCAAGUGGUCAACGCGACUCAUCUUUACAUGGAGCAGGUCUCCGAUGACCAGUAUGGUAAGGUCAUUGACAGCAUAUGGGUGGUGAAGGAACAGCAUGGCUGCUCUGCCUGGUUUUGAAGACUGUCCUCCCUAAAUUACACUCUUCAGCUCAGGGAAUGCACUUUGAACUGUGAACAAGCACCAAUUACAUCGUGGUUAUAAAAGAUAUUCAAUCCCUCGUGGUCCUACCGCUCUAUCUUCCACAUAGGGGCUGCGGGUCACUGGAGCCAAUCCCAGCUGACACAGGGCAAAAGGGGUGGGUACACC